AUGAGUUUCCUCAAAUCCGGACACCUCUUCCGUACCUUCAACGCAUCCAUUGCACAGCUCCGCCGUCCGACAACCACAACCACCUUACUACAACACAGCAUCCAAGCCCUCAGAAUGACCUCCUCCAUGGGCAAACGCCUCGAAGGCAAGACCAUAGUCGUCACUGGCGCCUCCAGCGGCAUCGGCAAGAGCACCGCUCUCGAAUUCGCCCGCACCUCCCCCAAUAACCUCAAAAUCAUCCUCACAGCCCGCCGCAUCGACGCAUUGAAACAACUCGCGGAAGACAUCACGAAGGAAGUAGGCAGCGGCGUUAAAGUCCUCCCCGUCCAACUCGACGUCAGCAAAGCCGAUCAAGUCCGCUCCUUCAUCCAGAACCUCCCACAAGAGUUCCAGCAGAUCGACGUUCUAGUAAACAAUGCGGGCCUCGUCAAGGGCGUGGAUAAGGCGGGCGAUAUCAAGGAGGAGGAUAUCAGCGUGAUGAUGGACACGAAUGUGAACGGUCUCAUUAACAUGACCAACACCGUCCUCAACCAAUACAAAACCCGCAACAACGGCGAAGGCGCCGGCGACAUCAUCAACAUCGGCUCCAUCGCCGGCCGACAAGGAUACCCAGGAGGCAGCAUCUACUGCGCAACAAAAGCUGCCGUCCGAACCUUCACAGAAGCCAUCCGUGCCGAACUCAUCUCCACAAGAAUUAGAAUAAUCGAAAUCGACCCAGGACAGGUCGAGACGGAGUUUAGCGUUGUGAGAUUUUAUGGCGACAAGGCGAAGGCGGAUAAAGUGUAUGAGGGUGUGACGCCGUUGACGCCGGGGGAUAUUGCGGAGACGGUGGUGUGGAGCGCGGGCAGGCCGGAGAAUGUGGUGAUUGCGGAUAUGUUGGUGUUUCCGAAUCAUCAGGCGAGUGCGACGCAGAUGCAUAGGAGAUCGUAA